CCGCGCUCGCGCGGGCGGCUGCCAUAGACAUAAAUGUUGUCGAUCGUCGACACCCGUCACCAUGCACCAGCAGUGCUCGGCUCAGCCAAGAAUAUAAUAUAUCUGAUUUUCGAAGCGAUUACUGAAAAUUUCAACAAAGAUAACAGGGAACUGAUAUUACGCUAUGUCAUACAGGCCUCCCUACAGCUCACUGCCUGGAGGGACUUAUCGUGUUCCAGGACCUGGUGGAAUGUCUAAUGUCCAGGGACAGUUCACAGUCAGUACACCACAGCAGCAACAACAACAGCAGAGCUUUCAAAUGUUGCACCAACAGCAAUUACCUAACCCACCUCAAACCCAGCCACAGUCUGGAAGAAUAGCUCCUCAAGUUUAUUCAAAUCAACCGGGAGGAAGAAUUUAUCCUACACCUGGAUACAAUCAGAUGUUAAUGCAGCCAGGUCAGUUCAUUGGUCAAGCUUGCUCUGGGGUAUUGCAGCCGGGUAUUAAUCAAGGAUUUGGACAGCAAGCAGGGAUCAUUCGUGGUAUGGCACCAAAUAUUCAAGCUCAACAGAAUCUAACACCAGAACAACAAAAGAAAUAUGCAGAGAAACAAAAGAAGCUUCUAGAAGAACAAAGGAAGAAAGAGGAUCAGGAAAGGAAAGAACGUUAUAGAGAAGAACAGAAGAGAAAAUUGAAGGAAUUUUCAUCAGGCGGCAGAUCAUCUAUUGGAUCUAAAAGCCUUGAUAUGGGAGAUCUUUUGUCAAAGAGUUUAAUGACAUCACAACAAACCAGCAUUGUUCAAACUCAAGGAAUGCACUAUCAACAUGGUAUGGCUUUGCAAUCAGUUAGUUUUAUACCGCAAGGUCAAGUGACUCCUGGGCUAGUUGUUGCCCAACAACAGACUUCUUCAGUUACAAUGACACAUUCUCAGAGUAUGGAUGGUGGAUUCAGUGGUUUCCAGAAGGCUGUACCAUUGGCAUCUAGUGAGCAACAAGGCAAAGAAGAGGACUUUGGUGACUUUUUACACGCCCCUUCAAAUUCAGGGUCUGUGGUAAUCCAACCAGGACAAAUAGCUCAUGAGCCUAAAGUAGAGACACAAUUAUCAGAAGCUGAUGAUGAAAGCUUUGGAGAUUUCCUUGGAGGAAAUGAUGCCUCACAGAGUGAAGAACAUUCUGAUAAGAUUCCAAAUGAAAGCCAUUCACAUUUAAAAUCAAAAGGAUCAUCAUUAGAGAACAUGAUGAUGCAGUCAACAGACCUCUCUGAAUCUAAGAAAGAGCGUAAACGAUUCAACCAAAAACCAUCACUUAAUGAAGUAAAAAGUUCUACAAUUUCUGGGUCAAAGUCAGUAACCAGUUUUACAUCAAGUAACAAAUCUAGGUCAUGGCAACAAGAGAGUGAGGACCUGUCAACACUGUUUACCCUUCCCACUCCAGCCCAAAGUGGUGCAAUAGGACAAGGUGAUGUAGGAGAAACAGUACCUCAGCAACAGACUCCUAGACAGCUUCCAGCUUGGCUUCAAAAUGAGGCAUCAUUACCAGUAGUUUAUCAUCAAGUACUUGAAGCAUCCAGCCAGGAGGGAGUUAUACAAACAAACCUUCUCUAUCCUAUUUUCCUUCUCUCUGGUCUUGACCGUUCAUUGCUUGGCCAUAUCUGGUCUGUGGUCAACUACACACUUCCUGGUCAGUUAGUGGCUCAAGAGCUUUACAUAGCAUUAGCUCUCAUUGCCCAAGCUCAGAGAGGUCAUGAAGUAUCUAUAUCGGCUCUGUGCAGUGUAUUAGAAGCACCAAUUCCACAACUCAAUCAAGUUGGACAACCACCUCAAUCACAAUCUACUCUACAACAACCAAGCAUUGCAUCUCAACAUCAACAAGAAACAGAUACUACUACUACUGCUGCUAAUGCUGUUACUGAUACUGCUGGUGCUGAUGUGGGUGAUGUUGCUGUUGAUGAUAACUUUGCUCCAUUCCAGGAAGCCUCCAGGUCUACACCUUCUACUGCUCCUACGGUACCAGCCAUACUCCCUUCAAUUAGCAAAUUUGCAUCAAGUAGUAAUAAAUCAGGAAUUAAGACUGCGUCUACUACAUCAUCUCUUGUUAUACCACCCUCAUCAAGUUCAUCUAAAACCUCAUCAUCAGGAGCCUACAUGCAAGAGGAGAAUUGCUACAUCUUUGCCAAUUCUCCUGCCCCCUCAAGUGGGCGGAGCUCUCCUUUUAUCUGGGACCAGAACACAAUAUACGACAAGUUGACCACACGGUCAUACGACUCGGCUUCCUCAAGUUCUCUCUCAGAUCAUACACCAACUGAAGAUGAUGAUGAGUCUUUUGAUGACUUCAAGUCUGCUCCUUCUUCUGAUAGUGGACCUGCUGAAUCAGAGCUGGAUCCGUCUCCGUUACCAUUCCCUCCUGGGCAUGGUCUCAGGUCAUCGGCCAGUCCUGUUGGUCAAGUAAAACAUUCUGCAGGAGCUAGUCAUGUACCAGUCUUAGUCCCACCAAAAGGAUUGUCUUCUAGUACCUUUACUGCAAUAGCACCUCCACCACACAAAACUAAACCAGGAAGUAAUGCAGUGAGACUGUGUGGAUCAGAAGAGAAGCUAAGGACAGGAAAUGAUGACUUUGGAGAUUUUAAGGCAGCUGGUGGUGAGACCCUAAACCCUUCGCUUGGUCUAAAAGGAAAGGAUGAAUGGGGAUCAUUUGCUGGACAGCAGUUCAAGCAUUCGGCUUCAGAAUCAAAUCUUCAAGGAAUGAAUGAUCGCUAUGCAGCUCUACGUGAUAUAGGAAGUAGUCUCUUUGAUUCAGACCCACUAACUACAAGCCAGCCUGCCAUUGGUGUAGCAGGAAAUGAGGAGGGUGAGUUCGCAGAUUUCCAACAAGCAGGUGUCCUUCCUGUAUCAUUGUCUGACACUGCAAGCAUAAAUAUUCCAGGAAAUCAAGGAAGUUCUUUUUCAGUGACUGAACAUCAUCAACAAAACCUUGGUUUUGCUGCAUUUUCUCCUCCAAAAGAAGGGUCUGACUGGGCAGAAACGGCAAAGCAAGAUAGAGAUAUUACAACAUCUAGUCCCCAUGAAGAGGAAUUUGAAGGUUUUUUUAGUACAAGGUCCAAUGAUUCAAAUAAAGAUGUAAAAAAGCAAAAUGAUGAAGUGGUCACUGAUAAAUAUAGCUCAUUGGCUGGACUGCACUCCUUCUUAGUGGAUAAAGAUGAUGAAGUGGAAGAGUCUUUCUUUGGAGAUUUUCAGGGAAGUUUGAAACCUCAUGCACCAACCUCUUCAGCAUCAGGUUCAUCAAGUAAAACUUCUGUGGUGCCAUCAAACUCUGGAAUUACUUUGUUCCGUCUUACCCCUCCUCCCAUGACAUCAUCCUCUCCUAGUGAAGAUACUCCAGGUGAUGAUCGUUUCAAUGCGCUCAGAGAUCUUUCAGCUGUGGAUCCGUUUGAUGAUGUUGUAACUUCUCCAGGCAUGGAUGGUACAGGGGCUGACUAUUAUGAAACACAGUUUACUACUGUAGAGAAUGUAAAAAUAUCCCAUAAAGCAGAAUUAGAAUUAGAUGAUUUAAACAGUAAUGACCUUCCCCAGACAACUCCACAUGAAUUGGAACUCACUCUUGAUACUCCAAGUAGCACCACAAAUAAAUCUUUUCCAAUUGGGUCCAUCAAUCAAUUAGAUUUAAAAAACUAUGACCUAGAUCUGACCAUGGAAAGCAGUGCUAAAGGGAUUACUGAUGAGCCAAGAGAGAGAGUUGAAUCAUUUGGUGAUUUUACUGCAGCCAGUACAUCUGAACAGGCUCCUUCUGCUAAAGAUGAUUCUGGAGGAUUAUCUUCAACAAAUGGUGGUCCCCCUCCCUCUGCUUCUGUACAAAGUGAAACAACAUUCUUUGGAGAUAGAUACUCUCAAGUUGCUGGUGAUUCUUCUAAUGAAGGACGCCAUUCAUCUGAAUGGGAGAAGUGUCUCAUCAAGUGUUAUGAAGUGAUGAGUAAAGCAAACUCGAUCUUCAAUAACAUAAGUACUUCAUCAGUUUGUAGUGAGGUUAUUGGAUCAUCUGCAGGGGUUGAUUAUUUAACAGGUGUCAUAGAAGUGUACAGAGUUGCAUGUAGAAUAAUAACAUCCAUACAAGCAUUAGGUAUUGACAAUAAUGAGUUGGGUACAUUGAAGGAUAACAUCAAUAAGAUAUGGCAUAAUUUAACUGUCUUUCUCCAGCUCAGUUCAUUGAAGCCCACCGAAGGUUCCUUUGUCUUCAAGUCAGCCAUGCUAAGACCAGAACCUAGUAAUACACCUCAGGCAUGCGGAGUUUGUCUUUUGAAUGUAGACUCAAGGAGUAAAGCAUUUGAUAGGUCAGAAGAUAGCCACAAGCUUAGCUAUGGAGGAAGGCAAUACCAUGCAACAUGUGCUAACCUAUGGGUUAACAUGGUAGAUUCUAUCCUCCCUGCUCUACCACUUAACACUUUACUCUAAACACUGUGCAUCAUGUGCUAACCUAUGGGUUAACAUGGUAGAUUCUAUCAUCACUGCUCUACCACUUAACACUUUACUCUAAACACUGUACAUCAUGUGCUAAACCUAUGGG